UAUACGUAAAGUACAAAUUUUUGUAUUCAUUUAUCAGAAAUGAAGACUAUAGAAGUAUUAUACUUAGGUUUUCUUAUUUGUGCGGUUGUUCAGGUAGCUCAUAGUGAAGAAAGGUUGACUAGCAAUGAUGACAUAAACAACACUAUAAAUGCCUUGAUUAGUAGCUUACCAGAUCCUCUAGAUAUUGCGCCUUUUCAAUUCCAAUUAAAUAAUUCUAUUAUUAAUGGAUCUUUUGUAAGCUCUGGACUAAAUAUAAGCGGCAUUAAUCAAACUGUUGCUACAUAUAUUGAUGUGCAUACUGCCAUACUCGUAGGUAGUUAUAACGUAACAUUCAAUCUUAAGGGAAUCGACUUUGUGCUAAAUUACACCACGGAUGUGCUGCUAGGGAAUUUGCUGCCUUUCUUUGGAAACGGUUCCAUAAAGGCCAGAUUAGAUAACCUGACAAUAAACAUAUAUGUAGAGAAUCACUUAACAAAACUAAGAAAUAUUAAAGUAGGAUUUUCUGUAGGCGAGAAGACAAACUUUGAAAUUCAAGGACUCAUGAAUAACGAUUACUUUAGCGAAUUGAUUAACGAAUUGCUGAGUACUUACAUAUCAAGAGGAAUUGAUUUUUUGAAUACCAAUAAAGAUACCAUAGGGAGUGUUAUUAGUUCAAUCAUUCAAAGCAUUGUCGAUAGCAUACAAGAUAAUUUAACAUUGGAUAUCGACCAUGAAAAUGUAGAAGGAGUUCUUUAUUUCUCACUGAUGUACCUAAGCUAAAAUGGGUAAGUUCAAUAUUAUGGUUCAGCCUUAACCAUUAUGUAACCAUUACCUUAAACCCAAAUGUUCUCUCCAUCCCAAAAUCUCUCCACAAAAUAUCUAGAUCUAUUCCCGGCAGUCAAAUAUUAGUUAAUCCUACAAUAAGGGACAAAAAGUUCAGAUAAGUAUUAACCUAAAAAUAGACCAUUGUAGCAUAUUUUUUAAUCACAAAUAUCAACAAAAAGAGACCAUAUUUCAGGAGCUAAUCUUCUUUAACCGACUUUGCAGAAAAAGAUUUUCUACAUUUCCAAUAAUCCCAAGAAAGAUAUCCGGAUACAAAUAUCCGAGAAGAGGGAAAAACUGGCUUUCCCUUGAGAAAUGCUCUUUCUUAUUCUUUGAUUAGUUUAACCAAGGAAAUAAGGCUGGCCAUUUUGGGGUCGCAUUUAGAAACUUGUGGUAUUUUUGACAAACAGCUUUUCUUAGGGGUGAAAUAGGUCAUAUAUGACGUGUUUUACAAUGGAUUUUUAUUAAAGAAAAUUAGGGUGGAAAAUUAUUUUUUUUAAUAAUCCAGUUAUUUCAGAAACAGAACUACAAUAUUUACAUAGCUUCUUGUAUUAAAAUUGGUAAUAAUAAAUAAAUACAGAAAAUAAAUAAGUAAGUUAAUGCUGGAUUCCAUACGUAAGCCAUAACGUUAAGACGUAACAUUCAGAUCCCAAGUAGCAUUUUUGGACACAUUUUAGGUAAUGAUUAUAAUAAUUGUGUCUGUUUCUUGACACAAAAUAAAAGCGGUAUGCUACAAAUAGGAAACAUUUUCGAAACCUAUAUAUUUUAUAUGACGUUAUUACAUGUGUUUCCAAUGUGGUCGCGAAACAUGUGUUUCCAAUGUAAUGUUUCUAAACAUUUUCUUCAAUUUGUGUUUAAGAUAUUCCAGUUUUAAGCAGCCACUGUUACUAAAUGUGAAAAAA